CAGAGACGCAAUGAUGUGGGCGAGGGCAAAACCUUUACGGAGAUUUUUUUACGGGAGAUCUGACUACGAGGGAGAGAUGGGCGUGACAAGGGAGCGCCUAUGCAAGAAGACAGAAAAUAUUCUUCUCCUGAAUUAAGAUCCGCGCUGUCUACCGUGUAACCGAUGAGACCGGACUGUGGCAAUGCAAACCACAAGGCGUGAUGAGCGUGCCAGCCAGUUUAGCACAACGUGUGAUGAAUUAACAACACGACGCCCUAUUUUAAGGCCACACGGGGAUUGACAAGCCAAGGAUAUUUAAGGCAGGGGUCUAUAACAUCAUCAGCUUUGAACUGUUCCUUUGGAGAUGGUUUUAGAGGGGAGCUCUGAAGCUCUUUGCCCUCCACCAGCCCUUGAGCUACGGCCAUCUUGCAACAAAAACCAGCCAUCACCUCCUCUGGGUUCAGGAUCCCAGUCCCAUGACGCUCUCUGUCCUGAGGACAAGGAGCCCGUCAAGUAUGGGGAGCUGAUUGUAUUGGGGCAUAAUGGUUCGCUAGCUAGUGGGGACAAGGGCCGCAGGAGGAGUCGACUGGCACUUUACAAACGACCCAAAGCCAAUGGCGUCAAACCUGAUGUUAUCCACAAUGUGUCCACACCUAUGGUAUCAAAGGCCCUAAGCAACAAAAGCCAGCACAGCAUCUCGUACACACUGUCCCGAAGUCAUUCUGUUAUUGUGGAAUAUACACAUGAUCCCAACACAGACAUGUUUCAGAUUGGUCGUUCCACAGAGAGCAUGAUAGACUUUGUGGUGACAGACACUACUAGCAGUGGCGGUGGAGGGCAGGGAGGCGUAAAUGGAGAAGGAGGACAGUCGGCACAAAGCACGAUCUCCCGCUACGCUUGCCGCAUCAUGUGCGAACGUACCGCUCCGUACACUGCGCGGAUAUAUGCCGCAGGCUUUGAUUCUUCCAAAAACAUCUUUCUUGGGGAGCGUGCUGCUAAAUGGAGGACCUCUGAUGGUUUGAUGGAUGGACUAACAACCAAUGGGGUGCUGGUAAUGCAUCCAGCGGGAGAAUUUGUAUCCGAACCCGCUCCAGGGGUAUGGAGGGAGAUCUCAGUAUGUGGGAAUGUUUUUGCUCUUCGAGAGACGAGGUCUGCCCAGCAGAGAGGAAAGCUGGUAGAGAACGAAUCAAACAUGCUUCAAGAUGGUUCACUUAUCGACCUUUGUGGGGCAACUCUACUUUGGCGGACCCCGAGCGGUCUUCGUCACACCCCAAAUCUAAAACAGCUCGAGUCUCUUCGCCAAGAACUAAAUGCCGCCCGCCCCCAAUGCCCUGUGGGCUUCAACACGCUUGCCUUCCCAAGCCUGGCCCAACGCGCCACUAUAGACAAGAAACAGCCAUGGGUCUAUAUGAACUGCGGCCACGUGCACGGCUACCACAAUUGGGGUUUUCGGAAAGACAAAGCAGGAUCUUCUGCCUUGCCGCCAAGUGGGGGUGGUGGAACGGCUCCAGCUACUUCUGGAGAACGAGAGUGUCCCAUGUGCAGAGGAGUGGGCCCCUACGUACCCCUCUGGCUUGGGUGCGAAGGGGGUCUAUACCUGGAUGCAGGCCCCCCGACACAUGCGUUCUGCCCUUGUGGUCAUGUGUGCUCAGAAAAGACAGUGCAAGGUUGGAGUCAAAUUCCACUGCCACACGGAACGCAUGCUUUCCAUGCAGCUUGUCCUUUCUGUGGAACGUGGCUAACGGGAGAACAAGGCCACGUCAAACUUAUCUUCCAAGGGCCGGUCGACUGAGUGGAAUAGCUGAAAGAUGGAGAAUGAACAUAAAGAGAAUGAACAUAAAGUCAGAGCUAGUGACCAAGGUGGGGAAAAAGAAAACUUAGUUUGUUAUGUGAUGCAGCAUAAUGUAAAUAUAAAAAAAUAAAAUAAAAGCUGAAAACAUGAA